UGUGGGCGGAGCCAGCAGUACCCGCGAUUCCUAUUGGUGCAGAUGGCUCACCACUAUAGAGGGGGAGGAGCUAAAGAGGCCUAGAGACAGAGCGGGGACCAGAAGCGGCCGAGCAACGGCGUGAGCAGGUCGCUGCUGGAGAGCUGUAUACAGUCCAGGGAGAAACACCCACACCCCCUUGUCACUGUAUAUGUAGUUAUACUUAAUUUUUAUUUUAUUUUUAAAUUAAGCUUAACUUGUUUCUGGGUUGAGUGCAAACGAAGAGGUAAUAAAGACGCGAGGAUGUUGGUCCCCGCGGGAAGAUAAUGAAGAGGCUGUGUGUGUUGUUGCUGUGCCUCACUGUAGCUCUCCUGUGCUGGUCUCCCAGGCAUCAUGUCCAAUGUUCAGAACAGCCGUCUUCAGGCCCAGAACUCGCUGCACAGGACGGUACCCCACACUCGACACAGGAGAAGGGGGAUAAUGACAAGGUUGAGGAGGAAUGGGAAUCAGAGUUAUCAUACAGCGUGGGCUUGGAGGCAGAGAGGGCUGCACAAGAGGAGCGGCUCAUACAUGACACAACAGAAGAAGACAAACCUGAAAAGGCUGUGAAUAUAGUAGAGCAGGUGGUGGAAGAGGUACACAUCGUGCCAGAGACACAGCAGUCAGCGGCAUAUCCCAGCUCUGACCCGCAAGAGUCCGCUCAAACACAAUCCCUGCCGUCAUCUUCAUUGUCACCAUCACCAUCCUCACCUGCACCACAUCAGGUUGAGACCGAACUCCCUAAGGCCCUGCCUUCUCCAGGCGACGCUGCUGCUGAGGAUACUUCUUCUUCUCCUCCUCUAACUCCUCCUCCUCCUGCUGCUGCUGCUGAACCAUCCUCAGAUCUCCACAUAGACCCAAACACUAAUGCGGACAUCAGCGCUGACUCGGGGAACGCACCUGAACCAGCGUCACCUACCUCACACUCCUCCCCGGAAAGCCCCUCCAGUGCACUAGAGGUUGCCAGUGCUGGUGCCCCACUAAAGAACUCUAGUGCCAGUCAAUGUGAGCUGGGCUCUGUGGCCCCCUCCAGCCAGCUCCUUGCCUCUUGCGCCACUCUCAGCAGUGUAUUAGUGGAGUCAGUGGAGAAUCAGGAUCCAGGGACCAACGCCGACCUGACUUCCUCUGUGGAUUCGGCUGAGCCGGUCUUCGCACAGAGGGAGCACACAGUCAAUGCCUCACACCCCUCACAGGACCAGGAAGUGGUGGCUGAACCUGAGGGAGGGACUGAUCCCCCUGUCCCUGGUAAAGAGGACAUCCCCACCUUUGAUGAGUGGAAGAAGAAAGUGAUGGAGGUGGAGGAGAAGAAAAGUCAGUCUUUGCACACCUCAUCCAACGGCAGCCCCCACCCGGUGAAAAAGAUCCAGAAGAACUUUAAGAAUAAUUACGCCUCUGUGGAGUGUGGGGCCAAAAUCCUCGCAGCCAACAAUGAGGCCAAGAGCACUUCUGCAAUUCUAAUGGAGAAUAUGGAUCUUUACAUGCUCAACCCCUGCAGUAAUAAGAUUUGGUUUGUUAUUGAGCUCUGUGAGCCGAUCCAGGUGAAGCAGCUGGACAUUGCAAAUUUUGAGCUCUUCUCCUCCACGCCAAAAGAUUUCCUGGUGUCAAUCAGUGACAGAUACCCGACCAAUAAGUGGAUCAAGCUUGGCACCUUUCAUGCACGUGAUGAGCGCACAGUGCAGAGCUUCCCCUUGGACGAACAGCUGUAUGCCAAAUAUGUUAAGAUGUUCAUCAAGUACAUAAAGGUUGAGCUGCUCUCUCAUUUUGGUUCGGAACAUUUUUGCCCCCUUAGUCUAAUCAGGGUGUUUGGUACCAGUAUGGUGGAGGAGUAUGAUGAGAUUGCUGACUCACAGUAUCCCUCAGAGAGGGUUGAGUACUUGGAUGAGGAUUAUGACCUCCUUUUCAUAGAUUACCCUCCAGGAUAUCAUCCUUCUGAAGAUAAAGCAUCAAAGAACCUCCUGGGUUCUGCUACAAAUGCAAUCCUAACAAUGGUUAACAACAUUGCUGCGAAUGUGCUUGGGGGCAAGCCAGAGCUUGAAGAUGGAGCCGAGAUGGAAGGUAAUAUAUCGUCUGGGACCGAGAACAUCACGGAAGUCACCGAAACUACACUCACACCAACCUCGACACUCGCGCAGCAACAAGAAAUGCAGCAAACUCCAGAGCUGGAUUCCACUCCGGUGAAGCCAGAUCCAGAAGUACCCAUUCCAGAGUCUCCCUCUACUCCUUCGCCUGAGGAGAGUCGCAUAGUCAUCCUCAUUGAAGAUGAAGAGGAAGAGCCGACUCCACCCACGGUGACCCUGCUGGAGGAGGAACGUGACGAGGAGAGGCGGCGCGAGGAGGCACGCCUCAGGGAGAGCGCCUUUUACUGCUCCCAACUUCCCACUUUGUCCUGCUUAGCCAGUCUCCACGAGCACCUGCACCUCUACUGUUCCGCAGCGCUGGCUCUGCAACGGCUACGUCAAGCGCACCACAUGCAUUCCAACACGCAUACACUAUCAACACAACUCCCAGACCCCAGUCCAAUCCAAACCCCCUCGUCGCCCUCCGAGAAGUCUUCAGAAGUAGAGCCGACACAAAGUGAAGAGACUGCGCCUACCGACAUGCCCUCUGUUACUCUGGAUCCAAUCGUUGACCCCCAGAUUUUAUUAGAGCCGAGCCACACCUCCUCCCUUCCUCAUCACAGCUACACUGAGACUUCGGUCUCCAAAGCCACGCCCACUGAGGGCAUUCCUGAUUCACUGCCCACAGAUGAGCCCCAGGAUCUGAUGCCACGGUACAUGGAGCACAUUCCCGAAACGCAGACUCACACCUUUACCAGUACCUCUCUCGGUUCCACCUUCACCUCUACCACCUCCUUCAGCCUCACUUCCACCGCUUCACUUCUCAUCCCUGAGACCACAGAGCUACCCCCCACACUCACCAAAGAGCAGCUUGUCCAUUCUGUUCCCACACCUAUCCGGCCUACCGAAAUCCCACCUCCCACAGAACUGCCUGUGCCGGGCCCAGAGCUUUCUGCAGGCGUUGAGGAUGUCCAGCAGGAUGCUGCUCAACUCGCGUCUCAGGAAGAGCCUACGGAGGAGGUGCAGAGCACCCUGCAGCGCACUGCCACAGACUUCUACGCCGAGCUGCAGAACUCGAGCGAGCCAAGCUAUGGGAACGGCAACGGCAACCAUGUGCACGGCUCCAACCAGAAGGAAUCAGUGUUCAUGAGGCUUAACAAUAGGAUCAAAGCCCUGGAGAUGAACAUGUCGCUCAGCAGCAGAUACUUGGAGGAGCUCAGCCAGAGGUAUCGUAAACAAAUGGAGGAGAUGCAGCGGGCGUUCAACAUGACCAUCAUUAAACUGCAGAACACGUCCAGAAUUGCAGAGGAGCAGGAUCAGAAACAGACAGAGGCCAUCCAGAUGUUGCAGAGCCAGCUGGAGAAUGUCACCAAGCUCAUGCUUAACCUAUCGGUCACUGUGGGUCAGUUACAGAGAGAGGUGUCAGACAGGCAGAGUUACUUGGUGGUGUCUCUGGUGUUGUGUCUGGCUCUGGGCCUGCUGUUGUGUGUGCAGUGCUGCUGCAGCUCCUCCAAUAACAGAAGCGCUGUGAUCCCUGUGAGCAACCACUACCCCAGUCCCAAGAGGUGCUUCUCCUCUUACGAUGACAUGAGUUUGAAGCGGAAAGUUUCAUGCCCCCUCAUACGGUCCAAGUCACUUCAGCUUCCCCCUUCAGAUGUAGGUCCUGAUGACUUGUACAUUGUAGAACCUCUAAGGUUUUCUCCAGAGAAAAAGAAAAAGCGCUGCAAAAUGAAAGGCGAGAAAGCGCCUCUGACGGUUGCUAACUGCAGCCCUGAUGGCGAGAGUGUAAGCGUGCCACAAUUCCUGCCGACAGCCUGCGACCACGACGCGUCCACCUGCUCAUCCAGAGAGGGCGUGGCAGAGGGCAGCUCUGAAGGCUCAUCCUCCUCCUCCUCCUCCUCAUCUACAGUGUCGGAUGAGUCCAACUCCAGUAUCCCUCCCGUUAAUGGCCACUGUGUGGGUCUAAAUGACGGGCAGCUCCCAAUGACCAAGAGCAAGACAGAGAAGAGGUCUUUGAAGCGCCGGCGGUCUAAAAUGGCUGAUCAGCAACAGCAGCCACAGUCACGUGGGCACUACGGCGCAGGGUUACUGCACGCCCCCGUUCCGGUGACGACGUGCGUCAUACCAACGCUUCAGCAGCUGAUGAAGAGAAAACAGGAACUCGGCAUGGGGACUUUUGGAGUAACGGCCGUCACUGGCCAUGUCUGAGAACUUUCUUCAGCGCUAUCUCACACGCAUCUAACACACAGCUUUAUAGACCGAAAAAGUCGAUUGAAUCGCGCCAUCAACUAGGAGGAAGUGGGUGAUGUUAUCGUGUUAUUCCCCCCCCCCCUUCACCAAGCCAGACUCUGCCACGUACGCUCGAGCACAGAGAGAAAUUUGGACUCCAUGACAGUAACACAACUCUCGUUUCCCUCCAGUAUCUUUAUCCUUCCGUUCUAAAAUCUUCUCCUUUUUCAUGUGCCUUUAUUUUCCGUUAACAAACUGAAAACAGACCACAGAUCAAGGUGAAGGGUCUUUUUUUUGUUUUUUUGUUUUUUUUUUUUGUUCUUUGUUCUCUUUUCUUCUCCUUCUGAUUUUUGGAGCAUUUUAUCUCUAAAGGGGAUGGAAUACAAAAAGAAAUACUAACUUUUGAGAAGUAUGACUGAGUCUACUUUUGGACCAGCAGGACAGCAACGGAAGGCUAGGAGUGGACUUCCUCCAAACCCUCUUCCUACACACUACCACAUUAUCUCGGGCCACGCUCUUCUUUUUACACCCACUCUGAUUUUCAGUACAGACCACAGUGUUACCUUCGUUCUCUAGUGUUCACACUUUCCCCUCUGUUGGGAAACAGGUUUAUUUUUACUUGCACACUCCCUCUUGUAUGCUUUCUCUUCUGUGUGCGUCUAUGUGAAACUCUAGUUGUAUCCAUUGUGUAGCAGGACCUGUGUGUGUGGGGAUCACAUAGCAAGUGGCUCUAUAGCACUUUAACAUCCUUCAGUCCAGUGAGCGGAACUGAAUGAAGAACAGAUCCAGCCAUUUUCUUUGCCUGUUCAUUUUGUGUGCUGCUCUUUCUUUUUUUUUUCUCCUCUUCCUUUCUGUCUUUUCCUCUUCCAUUCUCAGAUUUGUUUUGAAGUGUUAAUUUAACAAGUUCAGGCAGGGCCUGAACGCCACAAACGUGUGUGUGUGUGUGUGUGUAUUCACACACACACACACACACACACACACACACACACACACACACACACACACACACACACACACUCUCAUAUAGACCUGAAAAACACGACUGUAGUCUUAUACGAUUCAUUCAGGCAUUUUCCUGCAUCCAGACUCGUUUGUUUCCUUGGCUUUCUCUACCUUUAGUUCUUUUUCAACAGUAAGGAAAGUUUAUUAAUAUUUUUAUUCCAAACGGUCAGUUACAUGUACAUUCUCCUAUCUGUUACCGGUACAUUUAUAAAUAAAUAACUGUCUCUAUAAAGUGUCUGUCCUGAUCUCCCCCCCCCCCCCCCCCCUGCACAGUGGAUACUGUGUGUAAUUUUAUUUAUAUAUUUAUUUAUUACACUGUUGACUUGGGCUGUUUGAACUUAGGGUCAGGGGUUAAUAGAGGGCAUUUUAGCCCGUAGGGUGUCUUAAAUAUUUAUUGAAAAUCAUUAUCGUACACACGCACGUAGUCGUGAAACAUGCAGUGGUACACCUGUUUUCUUCUUGUUUUCUGCCACCUUCUUUAUGUAAUCCUGAGAAAGCUGGAGUCAAAAGCGCUAGCCAAAUGCCACCCACCACACGCACACAUCAUGCAGAUCCUUUAAAUAUUUGACUAGAUUCACGAUCACUAAUUCUUAGUAUUUUCUAAUGUGAUGAGCCUGGUGUAAGACACUGGUUAGAAACUGUCGUGUGUUAUGGGUGUGUGUUUGAUGGAUCUGUUCUGAUGAGUUCUUCAUUGUAUUGUUUGCAAUUAUAAUCGUGUGUGUGUGUGUGUGUGUGUGUGUGUGUGUGUGUAAAGCUGCUCAAUUUCUAAUCUGCAUUUUCGUAUUAUAUUUGUGAAAACACUUGCAUCUUUCUCAUUCCUUAUAUAUGCCACUGUACAUGAAGCAUUCUUUAACUGUUUCGCUUCCUCUUUAUUUAUAUCUCUCACUUAUCUGUGUUUGUGUGUGUCCCUGUUUGACCGGCUCACUGGACUGCUCAACAGCCCACUCUAGAUUUAUGCCAUUAACUCAUUUGGUCAUGCAUAGUCUCGGCUAAAAAAUUAUUUUUCCCCACUCAUUCAUUUCAGCUUGUCUGUGAUCAGUGCUCUGUAAAGAAUGUGAACUUUGUCUGAAUGGUAACAAAGGGGAAAGGUUCAGGUGGUUUCAAACACACCAUCUUGAGUUAUUCUACAUUCAGAGGGAGGUUGUUGUGGGUUUUUUUUUUAUAUUCUAUUUUUUUUUUAAUUAUAUGUUUAAUCAUGAUCUCCUUUCUAUAUUGUUUUGAAUGUAUAUGAAAAUGUGUUUGUUUGUAAUUUGUUUCCAGUGUGUAUGGGUGUUUUCAAGCUGCAUGGAAGAUUAAUUAACCGUAUAACCCCAGUGAUCAGAGCCCUGUGUCUCAGGCUCCCACUCCCUCAGCACUUUGGAGAACUCCUCAUGCCUUUUUUUUGUUUUGUUUUUUUUGUUUUUUUAAAUAAAAAAAAAACAACACACUAGCACUUGUUUAAAGUGCUUCUUCUCCACCAUGCUUUUCUUGGUGUCCUCUAGUGGCCAUGGGCUCAUGUAUUUAAGUGGCCAAUAGCAGACACCAAAUUGUACACCAGAUAAUCUGUGAGGAUGAGAUGCACAGGUUUUUUUUUUUUUGUUUUUUUUUUUAAUAAUUAUUUUUGGAAACAGGUUUAACUAACUACAAUGAUGUAGUGCCAAUAGAAACUGUGAAUUUCUAAAUAAAGACACUUUUUUUUUUUCUUU